GCAGUCAGGUGACAUGCGCAGUCGGCCCUGUUGUUGAGUUUUGUUAUGACAAGUCGAGGCCUCGGACUAAAUUAGGAGCGAAGCCCCCCGUGUCUGCCCGGGCAAGUCCGCAAUGGAGGGCAUGGACCUGGACCUGGACCAGGAGCUCAUGCAGAAAUUCAGCUGCAUGGGCACCACGGACAAAGACAUUCUGAUAUCGGAAUUCCAGAGGCUGCUCGGGUUCCAGCUCAACCCGGCCGGAUGCGCCUUCUUCCUGGACAUGACCAACUGGAAUUUACAGGCAGCAAUCGGAGCCUACUACGACUUUGAGAGUCCUAACAUCAGCGCACCGUGCAUGUCCUUUGUGAAGGACGUGACGAUUGGCGAGGGAGAAUCAGUUCCUCCUGACACACCUUUCACAAAGACCUGGAGGAUACAGAACACAGGUGCCGAGUCGUGGCCUCCCGGGGUUUGUCUGAAGUACGUUGGCGGAGAUCAGUUUGGCCAUGUGAACAUGGUGAUGGUGCGAUCUCUGGACCCCCAGGAGAUGGCUGACGUGAGCGUGCAGAUGCAGAGUCCCGUGUCUCCGGGCAUGUACCAGGGCCAGUGGAGAAUGUGCACCGCCACUGGACUUUUUUACGGAGACGUCAUUUGGGUGAUCCUGAGCGUGGAGGUCGGCGGUCUGCUGGGCGUCACGCAGCAGCUCUCAAGCUUUCAAGCCGAGUUCAACACGCAGCCUCACCGCAGCCUGGAGGGAGACUACAACCCGUUCGCCUCGCCAGAGAAGAACAAGUGCCCCAACAGCAACAACAACAGCGUCUGUGAGGACAGCGGACAUAAAAUCGCGGGGGAACAUUGGCAGGGGGGCCCGAACCAAAUGCAGCAAGAGCAGAAUGGACUCUCACACAACUCUGUGGAUAUAGUAGCAAAUCGUCUACAAAGCAAUCUAUCGGUAGUCUCUUAUAACCAGGGUAUACAGGAGCCCUAUCCCUUCGGGCACUCUUAAAUCAUGGGACUUAUCACAGUGAAGGGGCACUAAGACCGUACCUCUGGAAUCGGUCACCACCAAUAACAGAAAAGAAGAGGCUUUAUCUGUAGCCGGUGGCCGUUCAAAAACACUUUAUGCAAAGUCCAGUUACCCUUUGGAAGCCAGAGGCCAGCGCUCCGUGACGUGCAGCUCAACCAACACCCCACACCCACUGUAUGCACGUGUGAAUGCUAAGUUAAAAAAAAAAAAUGAGUGCUAUGAGUCUUUUGAGUGAUGACUUUUUUUUUUCUUUUUCUUUCAUUUUUAAGAUUUCUCUUUCUUCUUUUUCCUUUUUUGUUUUUUAGCUGUCAAAGAGUGCACAUGAAACAGUGAUGAGAAGAGCGUGUGUUUGUGAACUCUGUGUAGAUGUGCGUGCAUUGUGCAACAAGAAAAAGAGACUUUGGAGGAAAAGCCAUUGAUUUUUUGCCAACUGAUUCUCCAGUUUCUGCUCCAACUCUUUAUAACUCGAGGAAUUGGUUUUUUCCGGCUCCUGUGGCUCUGACAGUUCCGUCAUCUCAGAAAACAUGUUUUUUUUUUUUUUUGCUUAAUUUUCUUAAACAUUUACUAAAGAUGCAACAUUUUAAAGAAGCUUAUAUAAAGGCUGAUGAGCUCCGUGUGUGUGUUUUCACAUGGCUCACACAUAAUGGGCAAUAAUCCAUGUGAUCAUGAUACCUGCAGUUUUAGAAGCAAUGCCUCUUUCUUUUCCCCCCCACUAGAGGGAGUCAGUUAAUUCUCACAAGAGUAGGUUUAGUUUGUUCCCAUCACCCCGAUACCUUCUGUAGUCAAACAGGAUGACUUUUCGAGCUUCCCGCUGUAAAUUCCAGAAAGACGGAUGUUUUUAACAUCAGAUCUUCGACCUGGAAGCUCAGAGUCCUGGUGAGAUUCUGAAAGUUACUGCUCAUACCUUUCGAACAAAUCAUCGAUCACACUUGACAAAUGCAAAUAUAUGAAACAAAAGAUUCUUAGCUAGUGGCAUCGUAUCCCUAAUCAUGCAACGUUCGCCAUAGAUGUAAAGGUUUAGUGUAGUUUUCAUUGCCAGCACAGGAUAGAUAACUCCAGAUUAUUACUAUUACACCAUAAGAUACUGAACUGAAAACAUUUAAAAACAUUCAAAUCAUUAAAACAUUUUUUUUCAAAUCACUGCUCUACAUUUGCAAUUUUAAGCUUUUGAAAAGAUAUCAAGCUGAAUGUAUUUGAUGAAUGUAGAAGAGGUGAAAAUAAUGUGUUUCUAAAUGUAUUCAUUUUCCCAAAGAUUCUACGUGGUAUAUUUGCACUGAACUGGCAGUUUUCAUUCGUGUAACAUCCGUUCAACGUCUCGCUAUCUCCCGUUUGAAACCGUGCUCGCAAAAAGCCCCACAGUCGAGUCUACAAAUGUUGUCCCUGUCGUAUGAUCGUCAUCAGCAUUGGAAGCGUUUUAUCCCCCGAUGAAACGAUCAUAUCCUUAAGAACUGCUGCUGCACACCUGCCUGCCGGCUGGCUCAUCUAUGCACUGAAUUGUUGGAGGCCGGUGCAUACUCUCUUCCCCCCCCCCCCCCCCCCCCCCCCCCCCCCGCAAGGCGCUAUUAGCUCUGUGAUUUUUAUCUGUCCACAGCCAUAUAUAUUUCCUCGUCAGGGAAACAACCUGUUUUCUUUGAGGCACUAACUGUAAGCCCCCCGGGGUGUGAAAUCCUCGACGAAGCAGCAGCAACACCAGCCGAUACUACAGCCUGUGACGAGGACCCCCCACCCCCAAACCCCACCCCCACCCCACCCCACCCCACCCCCGGGGGGGGGGGGAAAUGUGCAGCCUUGUCGGUAAACGUGAA